UUGUAGCAAACAUUGAUUUCUGCUUGGUUGAAACCCUGUUCGCUUUUUUAAAAUUUUUAUACCUUACUGAAUAUAUUCUUUUUUCUUUAUUUGUUUUGGCAUGAAAAUGUACAAGAGACGCAGAAAUUAACAAGCGUCACUCCAGUGAGACUCUAAAAGGCAGGAGCGACCCCACCGGAUAAAACCUCUUUAAAUAUAUACUUCCAUAAGUGUAUACAUGCUUCUGAAAAUCAGGCUCUGGUCCUACACGUAUGGAGUUGUUAAUCUUUGCUGUUUUUAAUAUCCGGGUUUUCCAUGGGCUUUACUUGCAUACAUGGAAAAAUGGAUCGACAUCAUGUGGCAGUGGAGUUGUCUACAUAUUGCUUUGAGUUUUUCCUAUGAUUUAGACUGCGUGUAACAGGAGAUGUGGGUUCAGGUUGUGGAUUAAUAAUAUAAAUGAAUGAAAACACAAGUAAACUGUCAUACUGUUGCCAAUUUCUCUAUAUAAUGAAACACACUCAUUAAUCGAAGAACAUUUACAUAUAAUAAAAAUAAAAAGACAAUGAAAAGGAAACCACCAACAUAGGCCUGAACAGUUUCAUACAGGAAAGGAUAUUGGUUAAGAAAAAUGUCUGAAAAAGGAAAAUACAAUGAAGUGAACUAAACACAAGCUCAAAAACUCUGCAGAGCUAAUCACUAAAAGAGAGUCUGUAACAAACAGAAAGGCAGGAUACCAAAGGAAACCAAGGCCAACAAAAAGAUUCAUUAAAAGCAGGAAAGAGGUGCAUAAACAUGUGUACAGCAAGAGACGAUCAUAAAGAAGACUGAAAGAAACCAAAAAGCAAAGAAAGGAUAAAUACAGUAUAAUAAGAGGAAGGUGAAAAGAAAGGGCGAAAGGAGAAAGUUUCAUGCAUGUCCAACGGCGGCAGGUUUGAAUUUGAUGAUGGCGGGUGCUAUGUGGGAGACUGGGAGGAAGGCAAGGCUCAUGGCUAUGGGAUUUGCACUGGCCCUGGAAUGCAGGGAGAGUACAGUGGCUGCUGGAGUCAUGGCUUCGAGUCACUGGGAGUCUAUACCUGGCCUAGUGGCAACACAUACCAAGGCUACUGGAGUCAGGGAAAGCGACAUGGGUUAGGAUUAGAAAAAAGAACUAAAUGGACGUACAGGGGUGAAUGGACACAUGGGCUGAAGGGACGGUAUGGAGUCCGGGAGAGUCUCUCUGGAGCCAAAUAUGAGGGAAUCUGGAACAAUGGUCAACAAGAUGGCUAUGGAACUGAAACUUACUCUGAUGGAGGUACUUACAGAGGCCAGUGGGAGGCAGGAAAGAGACAUGGUUAUGGGGUGAGACAAAGUGUUCCAUACAAACAGGCAGCUCUGAUUCGGUCUCCACGGCGCACAUCACUUAACUCACUGAGAAGUGACCAGGGUAACAAUAAUGGGACAGCCAAUGUAGAGAUUACAGCAGCUGCUGGGAGCCCUGCUGCUGGUUCCAGAGGUGGAUUUGUCCUUACGGUCCAUGUAGACUCUGACUCUAAGAACAAACGGAAGAGUUUCUUUCGGCGUACUUCUCUGCUUAGUGGGUUGAAGCUGCGCAGAACUGAGUCUAAGAGCUCACUCGCCAGUCAGCGCAGCAAGCGGAGCUCCUUAAAAAGUGAGGCAGGGGUGAGUACUGUGAGUUCCACAGCCAGUGACAUUAACUCCACAGUCAGUUUUGCAGACACUGAGCCAGACCUCUCUGCAGCCCGAGAAGUGAUUGAGGAUACAGCAACAGAAAUUUACUCAGGAGAAUGGAAGUAUGACAAACGCAGCGGCUAUGGUGUCAGCCAGCGCUCCAAUGGGCUAAAAUAUGAGGGGGAGUGGCUGAACAACAAACGUCAUGGCUAUGGGCGCACAACAUUUCCAGAUGGCAGAAAGGAAGAAGGCAAAUACAAGCUGAAUGUAAUGGUUAGUGGAAAAGUAAAAAACCUAAUCCCUUUACGUCGCAGCAAAAUCAAAGAAAAGGUGGAUCAGGCAGUGGAAGCAGCACAGAGGGCUGUAGUGAUCGCACGUCAGAAGGAGGAAACCACUAUAUCCAGGACAGCACAUGCAAAAAUGAAAGCAGAGGCUGCCAUUGCUGCUGCAGAGAAAGCACUAGAAGCAUCUCAUGUAGCCCGGAUGGUGGCAAAGGAGCUGUCUCCCAUGUUUGAUGAACCAGGCAUUAAAAUCCAUCCGGAUUCAGAAGACACUGAUGCAGAUCUUAUUGAACCUGGCUCAUCAGCUGACUAUGACAGUCCAGAGGUUUGUGAGAAUGGAAUUACUCCAUCAGAUAUUACUCCUGACCCAAGCUUGCCUCCAAGUUAUCCUGAUACCCCACUUCAGCAUCGAAACAGUGUUCCUAAGUACACUCGACAUGCACUGCUAGAGAAUGGAGGUGCUGGUCAUAAUGGAUUAGGGGGGCAGCUGUGUCCUGACUUGUCAGACUCUGAGGUAUGGUAUGAGGACUGGAUGGAUGAGCAAAUGGACAAGACAAAUCGAGGUUUCAAACCAGCUUCCCAUGGGAUUAAUGGAUUGGGAUAUGGGCGAGGCCACAGAAAGUUCAGUUCUGUUCAUGGACAUAGACGGAGGAGAAUUACUCAGUCUCCGUCCAGGACACCAUAUCGCCACUUUGAGGAAGGGCUGUGGGAACAAGAUGAGGAGAACCUCAGUAAUUAUGAGCUGGAGAUGAGACCUCUGCAUCGCAUGGAGGAUUGUGUGGGUGAUGGGUUUUCUGAAGGUCAUUGCACUGACAGCUCAGGCAGCUUGCUUGAUGAUGAGGAGGACACAGACUUUUUUGAUUGUGAAGAUGGAAAGUCAGGCAAGAUCACGGAUACCUGUGGCCCUGGUGCAGAACCAGAUGUGCCAGUGCAAGUCACAAACACAGACUCAGAAAUUCUAGAACCCUGGAAUUCCAACAUCACCACAACCACCACCGUGCCGUGCCCCUUGGGAAAGCCACGAGAUCCUGAUGCCACACUGAGCCUUGAAGAAGACACCAGCGAAGCCACCGAGUGUAAAACUCAGUCGGGUGCAAAUCCACUGGUCGUGGCCACAGUGAUUCUUCUCAACAUUAGCCUCGCUUACCUGUUCUCAAGCUUUCUAACUUGAUGGCACCUCUUUCAAAGAUUGUUUACAUUUGAAGGGCUUGCUGUGGGAGAUUGACUCUCUCAGACAAAACAAAACUGAACAAAAAAAACACUUUUCCUACUUUUUUUCGGUUUUGAAGGAAAUGAAGGGUGGCAGGAUGAUCAGGAAUGCUCUUUGAAUGCUGGAGCUUACAUUUUUGACAAAAAAUACUAUUGGAGGAGGAAGAGGAGGAGCGGAACGAGGGGAACUGACUUGCAGUUGGAUCAGCAUUGUAUUUUUUUGCCUUUGUCAUUUUUAUAUAUAAAGGAACAAAAAAGAAAAACAAGAAAGCUGGCUUGUCACAAAAAUGAACUUAAUGUGGUGGGUCUUUUUUCAUGGAGGUGGUGCCGAUGCAAGUCAUGAUUGUACAUUUCUUCCCGAUCCAUUUCAUGGCUUUAAUUUUGUAUCAUGUUUUCUGUUGAUCUGUUUCUAAGUGUCCAAGGACAGCCAUCAGUAAAGCAAGCCUAUCUUAAUGAUUCCAACAUUUGCCACACUCAUAAACCCAUCCAGAUGAGUGUAUAAUGUGUGGAACCAGCCUACAGCCAUUACAAACAGUAGAAGAAUGAGGUCUGUGUACACCUGUAGAGUAGCUGGUGAUCAGUAGUGCAGUGAAUGGGCAGUCCCUGUGUUAAAGAACAGGUACAAAGGCAGUGUCUUAAUAACAAAAACCAGCAUGCACCUGGUCCAGGUGGUGAGUGUUUAAACAUGACAGGAGGCAUAACUGUCCCACUUUUUUGCUGUGGACUGUGCAUCCUUUGCGAGAUCCAGAGUAAAAUAGCAAGGGUACAAAAAAGAAGUCAUGACUUUCUGUCACUACCCAUUCCACAUUUUGGUAAAUGCUUCCAAAAAUCAUGAGAUUGGUUUCUUUAUGGAAUUGUUACAAAAGCAGGUAGCUAAUAAUGUAGCUUUACCUAAAAAGAAAACAAAGUAUUCCUUUGCAAUGGAUUACUGUUCUAGCAGAAAAACAUUGGGUGCAUUUUCUAAUUGAUUAGUGGAAAGGGUUAAAUUUCAGAGAUAGGGGCUUCUCUCAUAAUAACAGUACACUUCCCAAUGACAGUCAGUCCACUGACACAAACUGACAACUGCAUAAUGCCAGAAUACACACCAGAUGAUAUGCCCCCUACAGUACUGGCUAAAGAUACAGUGGAGGAGGUGGAAGAUGGAGGAGAAAAUACAGGAACAGUUCAGAUGAAUGACUGCAUCUACCCUGCAGGCCAAAAACAACAAGAUGAAAAUUAGGCCAAUGGUAAUGUACAUUGGGGUACAGGACAUGAUAAAAUGAAGGAUAGUUCUCAUCAUAAUCGACAGGUACUACUUUGUAUAACUUGUCACUUCAUAAAAUGCACUUGUUGUUGCAUGGUGUGCCUGCCAACCAGUUUGUGUCACUUGGUUAAAUUCUCCAGGAGAUGACAUCCUCCCAUCAGAAAUCUUAGGACAUAGUUUAAGAAGUUAAGCAUAUAAUAACAGCAUAUAUAUCACUGCACUGGUCAGUAUUCAGUAUUAUUCAUUAAUAAUAUAGACCUGUACACACUCGUGUGUGUCAAAGCAAAGUUCGACCUACAAAUCAUGUUCUAGAAAUAUAUUGCAUAUCAUCAAGUGAUUUUUAGAUGGUGCACUUGAAAACACAUCUGUGAGAUAUGUUCUUAAUAUUUAUAUGUGUAGAUACAUAUAUUUGUGUGUGUGUGUGUGUGUGUGUGUGUGUGUGUGUGUGUGUGUGUGUGUGUGUGUGUGUGUGUGUGUAUACUUCUGAACCUCUAAGCACAGGGAAUCUGGACAAUGCCAAAAAUGAUGGCGAAACAAAAGCCAAAAAUCAGGGACAAAUUUUAAAUACUCCUCCUAUAACCUUUGAAAGUUGCUAAAAUAAUUGGUUUUGCAUUAUAAUGCAUUUUCUAAAGGACAUGAAGUCUAUAGCUCAAAUACAUUUCAUUUAUAGUGACUUUAGUCCUCAGUGAUUUGCCAGAAAACCACAAAUGUGAGGAGCAAACCAAAAAUAUGAGGGAAA